AUGCCCCUCAGUCUCGAACCGCUGGCAUGGCUCGCCCUGCUGGCUUCCCCCGCCUCGGCGUUUUGGCGGUUGCCAUGCAAGUCGCCCAUCGUGGUUGAGAGAACCGAUCCCAUCGUCCAGCCAGGUGCGGUUUCCAAUCAUGUCCACACGAUCAUGGGAGGUAAUGGCUUUGCUCCCACCAUGGACUACAACUCGACCCAAGCCUCAACCUGCUCCUCUUGCACGGUCAUUGGCGACAACUCCAACUACUGGAUCCCAGCCUUAUACUACCAAGCAGAGGAUGGAUCCUUUGAGAGCGUGGACCAAGUCGGCGGAGCUACUGUCUAUUAUCUUCAGCGAGGAGGGCGAGGAGAAUCCCUCAAGGCUUUCCCGGCAGGCUUUCGCAUGGUCGCUGGAAAUCCGUUCAAGCGGUCAGGCGGCAAUGACUUCGCCUCUCAGGCAAUCAGCUACAACUGUUUGGGCACCUCCAAUCCUGAGACACCAUACUUCCCCAACUACAACUGCCCCUCUGGUCUCCGAGCUCAAGUCUUCUUUCCGUCCUGCUGGAAUGGAAAAGAUCUUGACAGUCCAGACCAUAAGUCUCACAUGUCCUACCCAACAGGCGCCUACAACAAUGGUGCUUGUCCACCUGACUUUCCCGUCCACCUGAUCUCGCUGUUCUACGAAGUCAUCUGGGAUACCAACAAGUUUGCCAACCGCUGGUAUGGUAACAAGCAGCCUUUUGUCUGGGCCAUGGGUGACCCCACAGGCUACGGGGGCCACGGCGACUUUCUCAUGGGAUGGGAAGUGGACCACCUUCAACGUGCCGUCGACACUUGCACCAACCUCUCCGGCCGCGUUGAAGACUGUCCUGAAUUCAAGCUCAUCCCAGAUAGCCAAGCUCAAGGAUGCACCGUGCCAUCUGUAGUUGAUGAGCCCGUCACCGGCAAGCUGAGCAAGCUACCUGGCUGCCAGACCGUCAACGCUGGCCCGGCCCAAGCAGCAGUCCAGUCCAACUGUGGCGCUACAAGCUCGCUCUCGCAGUCGACCAGCUUGGGCUUCACUGACCUCACCAGCCAGGGCUGGGCAUAUACUGGCUGUGGCACAGACAACUACUACAAGCGCAUCCUCACCGGCGCCAGCACCAGCCAAGCGAGCAUGACCAACGACCAGUGCGUGAAGUUCUGCGACGGCAAGGGUUUCAGCGUCGCAGGCACAGAGUAUUCAAAGGAAUGCUACUGCGGAAACUCGAUCCCUGACGUUGGCGCUCCGAUUCCAGGCGUGCCGGGCAACUGCAGGAUGCCCUGCGCUGGUGACGCAACCCAGAUGUGUGGUGGUGCUGGUCCAAUCACCCUGUACACCAAGUGCUCGGGCUCGACUUGCACCAACGCCAAUUUUGGUGGUCCGUCGCAGGUUGUGACGAAUCCGUCCACUGGUAAUGGCAGUGGUGAUGAUAGUAGCACCGGCACGACUGAGUUCGGAUCUCCGUCCAGCACCCCAGCCGAGUCUGGUUCUGGUUCGGGAACUGGCUAUGGCUCAGACUCAGGCUCGACUUCUCAACCCAGCGGGAACGCACACAGUGAUAGCUCAGGCUCGGGCUCCUCUGGUUCCGUCAGCAGCGGAUCAAGCAGCAGCGCUCCCCCUUCCGGCCCUGACCAACCUUCCUCUGGCAGCAGCUCUUCGACCCCUGGCUUAGGAGGCAACCCUAGCAGUGGCGGCCAAGGCUCAGGCUCAGGCUCAGCUUCGCCCCCCGCUGAGUCCAACGCCUCACCCCCUUCCUCCACCACAACCUCACCCACCUCCGCCACCUCCACCUCCCUCCCCACCCUCCUCCUCCCCACGACCACCUUCCCCCCACCCAACAACCUCACCUUUCCCCCCUCCUGGACCUACGCCGGCUGCUACACCGACACCGUCUUCCCACGCUCCCUCCCCUUCUGGUCCGACUUCAACGGUCCCCACAUGAGCAACUCGGCGUGCAUGACCUUCUGCGACUCGCGCGGAUUCCCUUUUGCCGGCACCGAGUUCGCGGGCCAGUGUUUCUGCGGCGAUGGCCUGGUCGGAGGGGGCAGUCGGUUGGCGGAGGAGGGGAUGUGUGCGAUGAGCUGUACUGGUGGGGGAGUGGGAGAGGUGUGUGGUGGGAAGGGGGUGUUGAGUCUGUGGCGGAAGGAUGAUGUGGGAGAUGAAAAGGGGGUGGUGGGGAGGAGGGUGAGGAGGCAUUUGGUCAAGCAUGCUAAAGCGCAUGCUUGA